AUGUCAGAUCUACCCGAAGGCUCUCCACCCCUUGAAACGACGAUUGAGGCGCUCCUUAUACUGGAGCAGCGUCUCUUCAUUCUCGACAAGCGCUGGAUGCGCUACAUGGAUCCCCAAACCAUGAGAGCCGGCACUAUCGGCCAUAUCUUCGAAGCCAUAGGCAAAAAAGUCAUGGCCAAAGAUCUUGAAGACAUGAAGAAGGAAUUCAAACACCUCGAAGAGAACAUCCCAACAACGGUCGAGCAUUAUAGAAAUAUGCUUAUGUCGGGAUCUAGGCAGAAUCUAGCGGCAGCUUCAAAGAGAGCGGAGAGAGAUUGGACGGACUCUCUGGAGAGAAAUCAUUGGCAGGAGUUGAAUGACAUUGAGGAGCGUCUAGGGGUGCUGGGGGACAUAUUUCAGCGCGUAAGCCAUGAAGCCACUGUCACUAUGGAAAUCUCAAUCGAUGUCUGA